CUUGACCCAAGGUUUCAUUUAAUUAAUGCAAAUUCGGGGUUCACAAUGUGAUCAGACAUCCUGCAACAGAUCCUGAUCCUCCCGGACCUGUUCCCUUUUCUAGAGAAGGGUGACAUCGCCCCUUCAUUUCAGCCCGACUCUUCCUGUAUUAACACCCCUAAAGGAGCUCCGGCUGAGGCGAAAGAGACACUCAAGGCACACAGAGACUCCUUGGGGAGGCACACUCCCGCCACCCUGCAUAAAUGUCAUUUUACUUAAACUAUAGACUGAACUGAUAUCCUCCACAUCAUCAGGCUUAAAUAGACUUCAGGUUUCACAGUAACUGGAAGGCAGGACCUGGGCUGCCCGGCUCCUGACAGUCGGGCGGAACCUUGAUGCUCGCCCCACUGCAGGCCGCGGAGGGAAGCCGAAGCCCUGCGCCACCGUCUUACUAAAGGAGUGCAAGCCCCGCCGUUCGUUCUUCCCCGCGCUGGGCUGGCCACUGGCGGGGCGGGUGGGGCGGGGCAUGGCGACCGCGGAGCUCCGGGGGCACGCGGUGCAGAUGUCCACCCAGGGGACCCAGCCUGGCGCGGCCCCCGAUGGCACAGCAGAAGCUGCGGGACUGCCUUCCGGACGGGGCGGCGGCGCAGCCCUCCGUCUCGGGGAACGCCCGCCCGCUGCUGUGGAGAAGCGGGGACCGUACAUGGUGACGCGCGCACCUUCCAUUCAGGCUAAGCUUCAGAAGCACCGGGACCUGGCCAAGGCCGUUCUACGGAGAAAGGGCAUGCUGGGGGCCUUGCCGAACCGCCCCGAUUCUUCAGGGAAAAGGUCAGUGAAGUUUAACAAGGGCUAUACUGCUCUUAGCCAGAGUCCAGAUGAAAACCUGGUGUCCCUUGACUCUGACAGUGAUGGGGAGCUGGAAUCCAGAUACUCCUCCGGGUAUUCCUCUGCAGAGGCAAGUCCAGAGCGCCUGUGUGUGCAGUGCCAGGCUGCAGGCGGCAUCGCCACCACUGCCAGAUGCCUGUCUGGUGCCUGCUGUGAGCACAGCACUGCGCCAGGUUCUGCAGGUGAACCAGGAUGUGAGUCGGCAGCUGCUGCAAGAUGGCUAUCACCUGGAUGAGAUUCCAGACGAUGAGGACCUGGACCUCAUUCCCCCCAAGCCUAUUGCCUCUUCCGCAUGCUCUUGCUGCUGGUGCUGUCUUGGGGAUUCUUCCUGCACCCUCCAGUAGCCAUAACCCUCCAGGAUGGGCCCUGUUCAUCGUGAGCCCUGAUGGCUCUUCACAGCUCAGUGCACUGGGCACUCUUGCCAGCCUAGAAUCACUGGAAACACUGACCUUCUGGGCAGGCCACUGACCUCCAGGCAGCCGUCACCUGGUGCUUCUCCUAUCAGAAGCCCCUGUCUGGGUCACAGGCUAUCGAUAGGUCAAAGUCUGCGCUUCUUAGUUUCAGGAAGCCAAUCUAAUAAGGGUAGGAGAAGAGACUUUGCGGUUCUUAUGCUGCUGACAAGGAUUGCUAAGAAAACCAUUUGCAGACAUUCUGACUGGUGUUUUGUCGGGGUGUUCUGAGGAAAGGAAAGAAAGAGCUCCUCUGCCCAGGCUGUGCCAGGUGGUGUGAUGGGAGGCAGAAAACAGCACUUUAUGGCUUGCAGGAAGAAUCUAAAAGACUAACUGAGACCAAUUCAAAAAAUUCUGUGUUUUUCUUGCUCCAGCUCUAAGGUCAGUUAACAGGUUUGACCUUCAAGAAAGCACAAAGCGGGUUGCUACUUCAGGUUACAUCUGUCUAGUUAUGGCAAGGAAUAGAACUUAAUGAUGAUGUAGGGUUGGGGCUUUCCGAACCUCUGGACUUGGGGCAUUCAUUCUACUAGUCCUCCUGUCUGGAUGGGCCUAGUAACUGGUCAGCCCUUCCCUGGUUAAAAGGAAACUGUUCUGUCAUGUAUAUGUUCAAUUAUCUGCAGUCCCUUGGCCUUUGCUAGUUUUUCCACCUGUUUGGUUUUGUUUGUUUGGUUUUGUUUUGUUUUGUUUUGCUAAUAGUUGGAUUGGCUCCUGGGGCUGGCACCAGAAACCUGCAGGGUUUUUUUUUUUUUUUUUUGUGAUUACCAGCAGAGGGAGCUGCUGGGCAGUCAGUGCCUUCCUGUGUUUAGCUUUUAAAACCUUGAGUGAGAGUGGAUGUUCUGGUGUGUAGCUGUGUGGCUUUGGCCUACAUGUUCAGCCAGGAUGGGGAAGAGACCUAAGCCAGCUCCUGGACCCCACUUGAGAUAGAUAAUUCGCAAUGCAAGGGGAUUUCCCUCUUCUAGCAAGAUUUAUUCCUACGGCACAUUCCUCUGCCCCCUGCACAGGGCUCACAGGCUGGAUGCCUAGGUCUAGUAGAGCAAUUGCCUAGCAUAUGCCAUGCUCUGGGUUUGAGUCCCACACUGGGGGACUUUGUUCCCACACUAGAACAAAGGAAACCUAUGGUGAGCAAAGCCUUUCUCAACCCCCAACCUGAACACAGCAAACAUAGGGAUAAUUUCUCUGCAAUACUAAGCCUCUUUCUGGAAUUUAGUUUUCCAGGACCCUCUCCCCCACACCUUUGUCUUACCCAAGUGUGUGGUGAGAUUUGGAGUGGACAGGGUUCUCAGCAUAAUGGACACAAUAGAAUUAGGGGUUGGGAUACCACAUGUGACUGUCAGAGUCAGUGACUACUAGAGGCUUAGGAAUGCUGUGCCCCUAUGGUCGUCCUUGGUUCUUGGGGCUGGGUUAUAGAUGCUAAUCGUGCUCUGCAGUGGGACUCUGCAGCGGUGCCGGUAUCUCCCAUUCUCAGCACCUGUGUAAAGCCUGCAGGGGAGGAGCACAGACCAUACCUAGGGCUUCUGGAGAUCUGCAGAGGCAAAGCACAUGGGGAAAGGGAAUGGAUGUAGUACAGUGUUGAGGAAGACUUGCUGGUGUGGCUCAUGAGGGCCAGAGUGGUGGUAGAACUUCAAUGUGGAACCCUCUUCCUGUUGGGAUUUGGUUAAAACAGUAGUUUGUGCAUUCAGCAGCUGGGGGCGGGGGUGCAGUAACCUCCAAACUACACCCUCUGGGGUGGUUGUUGCUGUAAUCAACACUGAGGUACUUGGCUGGAACAGACCCUGGAAGGGAGGUUCUAGAGCUGGGUGGCCUUCUGUGGGAAAGCAUUGCUUUGGAGGAAGCUCAGGGAUGUAGAGCAGGUGGUAAUGUCCAGUUAGGAGGUUCCGGUAGAAAUGGUCAGUUGUUAGGGGCUAGACGAAAAUAACACCAAUAAAGGCACAAGGGUGCCCAGAUUCUAACGGCCUCAAUUCAGAGUGCUGGGUAUUCUGCAGGAAGCCGUCCCUGGGAAGGAGGACAUCUGAGCUUCCUCAGGAGUGGUUCCACUGGACGUUUACAGACCACUGUUCUACAGACCUCUUGGCUUGUACUUCCACGGUCUCUUAUAAUAAAUGCAAUCAUGGUAGUUGAUCUGUA